GAGAAGGGGAUUGGAGUAAAACGAUCCUUUAAAGUUCUGGCUUUCUUCGAUCCAUGUAUCUGGGCCGGUUCCAAGAAGAUAUCUUAAAGGAACAGGAAUAAAAAGAUGGAUAGCAGCGUUAUGAGUUUCGGUGUGGGUGGCGAGCAGAGGAAAAGACAAAGCUUGAGCUUGGCUGUCUCGAGUGCCCUAGUUGUUUUUGGUCAGGCGGCGCCGCGGACACCUUUGCUCCGCGGUGAUUGGCUCGCGGCGGGGGCCUCGUGUUUGUCCAAUAUGGCGGCGCCCAGUGGCAGUGUGAACUGUGAGGAGUUCGCCGAGUUCCAGGAAUUACUCAAGGUGAUGAGGACGAUCGAUGACAGAAUAGUACAUGAAUUAAACACUACGGUUCCAACAGCUUCCUUUGCAGGGAAAAUCGAUGCCAGCCAAACCUGUAAACAACUUUAUGAGUCUUUGAUGGAGGCUCAUGCCAGUAGAGACAGAGUCAUAAAAAACUGUAUAGCUCAGACCUCAGCAGUAGUCAAACAACUUCGAGAAGAGAGAGAAAAGAAUUUGGAUGAUUUAACGUUAUUAAAGCAACUUAGAAAAGAACAGACAAAGUUGAAAUGGAUGCAGUCAGAACUGAAUGUAGAAGAAGUGGUAAAUGACAGGAGCUGGAAGGUAUUUAAUGAACGCUGCCGAAUUCACUUCAAGCCUCCAAAGAACGAAUAAAAAGAUACUGUUUUUAGAAAAGGACCGGGUCAUCUCAUGAGAGCCAAGCAUGACAGACAUCAACACGGUGGUCUUCCUAGGAAGAUUUCUGAGCCAAACGUCCAAGACCUUUUAUUGAUUUCAGCCCCACCUAGCCAAGAGCUCCAAGUAUAAACGAUUCUGAUAAUUAUGGAGAAAUCAACUGCUAUUUUAUACUGAUUCUGUACAAAAAAAAAGAUGUUUUGUAACUAUUAAAAUAAUUUUCUGACUCA